AUGGUGUCCUUCAAGGCAAUUCUCACCCUCUCCCUGAUUGGCGCUGCAUUUGCAACCCCCAUUGAACAGCGAGCUGCAGAGCCCGUUGAAGACUCUGGCGCAGUUGCAAAUUCCCCUGAAGGAAGUGGCAUGGACCUCGGAGGAACAGACCCAACUGCAGAUGCCAUUGAGGAGCGCGGCCUGCUUGUGAGAAUCAUCCUUCGUCAGCUACUCAAUAACAAACAGUCAGGACUGACAAUUAUAUCCAGCACGUCCAAUGCCAUAACGUGGCUCUCCCGGCCGCCGCGCAGGUAA